AUGGCUCAUGGCGAGCCUCAAAAGAUUGACACCGUCAUUGUCGGAAAUGGCCCCUCCGCCUUGAUUCUCUCAUACAUCCUCCAUGGGCACAUCCCUUACUACGACAAAUGCAGUCCACAUCCAGAUGCCAUCCUCCAUGAGAAACUGCUCCGGUUAGGCCAUGAUCUUCUCGAUCUCGAUUUCGACUUCUUGACCGAGCAUUUUUCCGGCUCGCGAUUUUCUUACUCGACUCAAGCCCUGCCCCUCAAUGUCUUGCUCGACACGUUGGUGAGACCUCUGGGAGAAACAGACGAUGCGGAGAAAAAGACGUGUAUCAGGUGGGCAUACGAGCCUUCGCGAGCGGUCGCUCAUGUGGUUAUUGGACAGGCCCGCAGUGCAGGUGGGCAAUGGGUAGAGAAUCCUGUGCGUGCAAGUUUGGACAUUGGAACGCUCAGCUAUGCCGGAAUGAUCUCGCUUCCAGGCUACGGUUUCGAUGAACACUACCAAAGACGAAACGGUCGACCUAUGCCAGUCUAUCUCAGACCAUCCCGACGUGCUGUCGCCGACUAUGUCGCCGAAUAUCCCUACCAGGUGGGUAUCGCCGAUUCAAUUCGUAACGGAGAGCACGUCGAGGGUAUUUCUCGUCGUGGCGAUAGUUUCUAUGUCGCAUCGCACAAUAUCCUGUGCAAGAAUCUUGUUCUCGCCUCUGGAAUUUUCAGCGAGGUCAUCCAACCACGACCUCUACUCCGUCCACUGGUCGACCUGCUUGCCAACCAGACUGAACCAUCUGCCGACCCGCUUCUCGUCAUCGGUUCCGGCUUCAGUGCUGCUGAUGUCAUGAUUUCGAGCCCACCGGACCAAAAGAUCAUUCACAUUUACAAAUGGGCGCCUUCGACAUCACCUUCUCCCCUUCGCGCUUGUCAUCACCAAGCCUAUCCCGAAUACGCAGGCAUCUACCGGCGGAUGAAGCUUGCGGCCAGCGUUUCCCCCAAGCACAAGGAUAAGCGCCCAAAAUAUGGUCGCAUCAUGUCCGGCUUUGAAUCCAGUCGCGACUGGAAUGCGACGUAUGAGGGAUUGCCGAACACCGAAGUCACCGGCGUUCAAGCUACCGACAAUGGAUUGGCAGCCACAGUCACUUUGCAAGGAGCCAGCAAGAACGAACUGCCAUUUCAGCGUCAGGUGAGCGGUCUGGCGUAUGUCGUUGGAAGACGGGGCUCGCUGAACUAUCUCUCACCAGUUCUGCUUGGCCAGGUAUUGCCCGCAGAUACUGGUUCGCAAGCAGCGAGUGCUGGCAUGAUAUCAGCACAGACACUACGCGAAAAGGCGAACGAAGAUCUGGAAGUUGCGCCGCAUGUUUUCAUCAUCGGCAGUCUGACCGGUGAUUCCCUGAUUCGCUUUGCGUAUGGCGGGUGUGCCUACGCUGCAGGAAAGAUAAUGCGGAACGCGGCAGAGAGUGACCAGAGUAAAGAAGAGUUGAACAAGCCAAAGAGUAAUGGUGUAGUCAAGGUUUGUUUAGGCGAGUACGAAACGCCGACCUCCUCGCCAAAGAUUCCUGCCAUGAAUGGUCUGGAUGGUCAUGAAUCGAGUCCCAUGAGCUUGGUGGAGAGGAGCUACAUGUCGCUAGAUAGACGGAAAGGAUGA